GCUACCAUCUUCCGCAUGAUGCACGGCCCAGGCGUGCUCGCGCGGGCAAGGGCGAACUUGAGUUCCACUUGGGUGCGGCAGCUUUUGUGGAAGCGAUGCCAGAAGGGGGCACCCGAGAAAUUUGACGAGUUGGCAAAAGUUUUGCUGUGUCUCUCCGUUGAGGCCCUGGUGCAGAAGAGUUGGCGCUGGUACGGGCCGUUGAGGUUCCGCCGGCGUUUGGAGCAGGUCCGUUGGUCUGGAGACCGCGCAGACAUUCUUGCCAUCGAUGGAAACGCCAAGUUAUGCGCUGGGGCUGACGCGCGCAUCCAAGCGCGCCGGGCUCGCCGCAUGGCGCUUCGAAAGCAGGGCGCGGCUGGCAAGAAAGGGCGCAAAGAAAAGAGCUUCAUGGCAUCCUGGAGCUCGAACGGGCCACGCGCCGCUUCCGAGUGUUCCACGCGCAAGGAGACGGUCGCGCACAUCGUUGCAGCCGCCCGCGCAGCGGGCUUCCUGACGGCCGUAUCCGCGUCUGGCAUUCUGGCGCACGUGGAAGAGCUCAUGUGCGCUGAGCCCCUCAGCCAGCGGUACCGAUUCCUCGCCAUAGUGGCGGCCCACAUGCCCGACCUCAAGAUUGUCGUCCACGACGACAGCAAGAACGGGGAGGGCACCGCCGUGGCUGCGCGGUUGGCAACCGAGACGGCGUACAUUGUCGACGAUUACCAUUCCAGCGGGCACGUGGGCAAGCCAACAGCCUUGUUGAGCAAGUUCCCCACAAACAUCUGCGAAAUCAUGAACAGCGAGUUGUCCCCGCUGGGCCACGUGAUCCACCGCAUGGGCCGGUGGGCCUCCCAGUUCUACGUGCAAGAGAUGGUGGGCGCGUUGAACAUGAAGACGCUGGGGCGCAUGAGGGGCGCCCAGGCCACUGCCGCCGGGAAGGUAGCUCGGGCGAGCGAGGCCGCCUCGGCCUCGGCCGAGAAGAAGCCGUCACACUCGCGACGCGACCGCGCCGUCACGCACUGCGCGGCCAUGGCAGGGAAGAACGCGGAGAGUCUGUCCCAGAAGCAGGUGAAGAAACUCUUUGCGAGGGCGAUGGCUCGCGUCGCCAGUGAGUUCAGCCCGGCGGAGCACCUCCCCCCUAAGGUGCGCGAGUUCUUGGAGCCCAUCGUUAACACAACGUGCCAAGGGUAUUGCACGAGCGCCUUGAUGGUUGGAGGCUCCAUGGCGGCUCUUACAAAUGGCGCCGCCGUCAAGAUAUGGAGCCAGAAGCCCACUCCAUUAAUUGCACCAGUGUUCCAGAUAGGGAACGCACAGGCGGGGAAGAGCCAGCUUUUCAGUGUGUGCGAGGAGAUCUUCGACACGUGCGACGACGUCAUUGGCGAGCACGUCGACUCGCUCCUCGACGACGGCCCCCCCGUGACCGUGAAGAGUAUCUGUCUCCAAAGCUUCACUUUCACGGAAAUCUUUUACCGGUGCUCCAGCGGCUUUCCCCUCGUUGAUUUUUCGGAGGGCGACGGGCGGGUUGCCGAGUUCAGGCAAUCAGAUGUGUGGGGCGGCAGGGCGUUCAAUCUAGACGAGGCGUACGAGUUCUGGGACGGCCUCGGCCUUCUCGCUACCGGCCGCGGAGGAGGAGGUGGAGGAGGAGGAGAGAAGGAUCGGGCGCCGACGGUCCACGCGUCCACCUUGAACACUUUGAUCGCGAGUGGCAAGACGAGACGGGCAACUCGCACAAGCGCGACCUUCGGCGAGUCUCGCGGCAAACGCGUCUCGGUGUCUCUGCUCGGCAACGGACAUCCUGGGAAAUUCAUAGCCAUGGACAGGGGGAUCGUGGGUAACCACACGGCGUGCACUAAGGAGCGCUUCGUCGCCUGCAUUGACCAGGCCGCUGCGCGCCGCGCUGCGCUGCCCGCGGGGAGUCGCCUCCCGCGCGGCGUCUCCGCGUGGGCGUGGCUGCCGCUCGCCCCCCAGCAGGCGCAGACGUUCAACUGGGAGACAUACCUUGACGCCCCUGAGGCCGCGGCCCAGUAUUUGGAGAGGGACACCGAGACGGGCGAGGCGUCGGCAGCAAAUUCCCAGGCUCGCAGUUUCGUGGGCCCGGCUGGCGGAUGCAAGGUGGAGUUCCCAGAUGGCGAGGAGUCCCGGUUGCGAUACCUGCGGGUUACCCCGUCCGGCGUAGGCGACGCGCAGCUGCGGACCGAGUUCCGAAUUUCUAACAGGGGGGACCUGCCGGACCCCGCGGGCCACAUCCAAGCGGGGGCCAGGAGGGUUGCAGAGCUUUUCACCAAGAAGCCGCAGGCGAUCUUGCCGUUCGAGGAGGAGGCGCGCAAUAUCCUGACGGGCAACCAAGUGGCACAGAGCAUCCGCGCGCAGUUGCGAGGAGACGACGAUCCUACUUUGGCUGCGCUGGAGGCCAACGCCGCGGGCCAGCAGGGCGUUCAGGCUGCUCUCGUUGCCGUGCUGGAUUACUCUGGAGGCGGGGGCACCUUGGACGCGGCCUCGGGGUUGCCGCUCAUCACCACCCAGCACGUCCAGUGCGCCAGGCGCAUGCUCGACAUCAGCAUUGCCAUCCGGACCAUAUGGCGAGCUGCUCUGGACGAAGACG